UAAAAUAUUCUUUCUUGUUCGCUAAUGAUAAAUUAUAGUUAUAUUAGUGACGUCAUGGAUUUUUCCAAAUUUCUGGAUGAGGAUUUCAAUGUUAACACUUGGGUAAACAAUGCGUUUAAAGCACAUCAAGAUGACGUGGGGGCUGUCGCACAGAAUAAAAGAGAUGUUUAUGCUGCUACACUGGUCACCAAGCUCCAAGUAUUUAUUCAAGAAGUCAACAAAUCAUUAGAAGAAAUGUCAGUACAAGUUGUGAAUUCAAUGCCCAGAGUACUGAGAGAUGUGGAAGCCCUUAAACAGGAAGCUUCGUACUUGAAACAGCAAAUGCAACAAGUAAAAGAGGAUAUUCAUGAUGUAGAGAAAAAGACUUCCAAUACAAUGAAAGUUCUUGUGCUGACUGAUCAAGUCCGAAGUCGAGUUGAGCGCUCAUGUUCAGCUCUCAAAGAAGCGGAUAAUUGGUCGAGUCUUGCUGCAGCAAUUGAAGAUGUUUUCAGAUCAGGAGAUUCCUACACGAUUGCGGUUAGAUUGAAAAGUAUGCAAAACAGCUUGGAAAUUCUAAAAGAUAGUCCAGAUUAUGAUGACAAAGUAAUGCACUUGGAAGCACUCAAAAAUAGACUGGAAUCUCAAGUUAGUCCUCAAGCAGUAGCUGCUUUUAUGCAACAUAACACAGAAGAUGCGAAGAAGUUACAAAAAAUAUUUUCCACUAUUGGUAGAGAAUCUGAGCUUCAUAAAUACUAUGUGAAAACAUACAGUUCUAAUAUAACCAAUCAAUGGCAAGAAAUCAUUUCAAAUGAAGACGAUAAAUCUAACAUUGUAAUUAUGAAGGAAUUGUUUGAUUUGCUAUUGUCAACUUGGCAUGGUCAAUUGCCAUGGUGCCGCACCGUUUUUGGUUCCAUGAAUGCAACCAUAAUAAUUCUUAAGCUUUUAGUACAACUGAUGGCUUUGACAAAACCAGGCUUCACAGAUGUUAUUACAAGUGCAUUAGAAGCAGCUGAUGGACCAAAGCUCCAGCCAUUGUUAGAGUUGCAUGGAAUUGCUAAACAAUUUGCAAUAAAUUUAGAAGAAUCUGUAGAGACUUCAUGUGGUUCUCCUAUGUCACAUAAAAUUGACAAAAAAUUAUCUGAAAAUUUAGCAGACGCUCUGUGGAUGCCUUUUGCGGAAUUCCAAAUUAAUUAUAAGGAAUUGGAAAACGAAGUUCUCAUGACCAAAUUGAGUGAGGUUGUUAUGGAUGCUGGUGAUUUAAUGGAUUUAACACAAGUCCUAUCUACCUCUGCAGACAAGGUUUUUGUAAUAGCUACAGAAGCUGUGAAGCAGUGUGCCAAGCUAACAGGUUAUCUUGGCUCACAAGAUUUGAUCAUUCCGUUGAAUACUUUUUUUCAUAGCUACACGGACAAGUUUUCCAGAGCAUUACGAACUGUAAUUGUACAAUAUGGGCUGAAUAAGAAAGAUUCUGGUGAUUUGGAAAUAAGCGAAGAUCAUUAUUAUUCUUUGUUCCAACAUUCGUUGCGUAUCAUUACAACAUGUGGCAAACUGCUACAAUCGUUUUCAGAUUUUGAACAAAAAUUGAUGUCGAAUAUUUUAGGAUCUAAAUGUGCUGAAAUUGCUUUGGCAGGGUUGCUUGAGUUUGAACAAACUGAUGAAGCAUCUGUUGUUGCAUCCAAACAAGAAUCAACUUGGGUGUUAUAUAAUUAUAUGAAGAGAGUUGAUGAAAAAGAAUACAGAAAGCUGCAAGACAUGUUGGUGAGCUUGAAGCAGUCGCCACCAUCACAACGCUCCUUGCUUCCGACUGUAAAGCAAUCUCUCAUGAAUCUCAAUCAGCAGUCCCAUCAACUCGCAUUCGAUAUUGCUUUUGCCCAGAUUCGAAAACAAUUAGCCCUUAUUCCACAGUUGGAAAUAUGGAGCAAUGUAAACACACCUGCCGAGCUUGUGGACAAUUCAGAGUUGCCGGCUUUUAGUUUGCCUCCGACAGAGUAUGCCACUACUAUUGGUCAGUACCUGAUGACAUUGCCGCAGCACUUAGAGCCAUUGGCAGCUGGAUUAAAUGAAGGAGAUGGGGAAUUGAGCGCAAUGGAAACUGCUUUGCACACAGCCAAAUUGCCCUUUUCACUCGAAGAUGAGAAGUCUGAUGUCAACAACAUGGCGGACCGGUGGCUAACUUCUAUAGUGAGAGCAUCUGAGCAUACUUAUGUUGAAGCGUGCCUACAGAUUCCUUCACUGACAAUACAUACUGCGAGACAGCUUGCAGCAGAUUUAGAUUAUAUGGGAAAUGUUGUCGAUUCCCUUGGAUUACCAGUAUUCAAGGAUAUCGCUUUGUUAAUUAAAUUAUUAAGAUCAUCGGAGGGUGAAUUUGAAAGUGUAUCAACUGAUAUUCCAAAAAGACUGGUUUCAAGUAUAGCUCGCAUAAGGAAUAUAAAGGAAAAUUCUUAGUUAAAUUCUGUACCGUUUUAUUGAGUUUAUUCUUAUUUCUGCAAUAAAUUAUCGGACCAACUUUG